UCUUCCGGGUUGCGGUGCGGCGUCAUGGCGGCGCACCUGAAGAAGCGGGUGUAUGAGGAGUUCACCAAGGUGGUGCAGCAGCAGCAUGAGGACCUGUCCACUAAGAAGCUGCGGCUGACCAAGCCCAGCAAGUCAGCAGCACUCCACGUGGACCUGUGCAAAGCCACCUCGCCUGCAGAUGCCUUGCAGUACCUGCUGCAGUUUGCCAGGAAGCCUGUGGAGGUGGAGAGCGUGGAAGGGGUUGUCAGGAUCCUGCUGGAGCAUUAUUACAAGGAGAAUGAUGCCUCUGUAAGACUGAAGAUUGCAUCCUUGCUGGGGUUGUUGUCAAAGACUGCAGGAUUUUCCCCAGACUGCAUUAUGGAUGAUGCCAUUAACACACUUCAGAAUGAGAAGUCUCACCAAGUCCUUGCUCAGCUGCUGGAUACCCUGUUAGUGAUUGGCACAAAACUCCCAGAUAAUCCAUCUGUCAGGAUGAGGCUGGUGGAGGUAGCCUGCAAGCAUCUGACAGAUUCUUCUCAUGGUGUGAGGAAUAAAUGUCUUCAGCUAAUUGGCUGUCUUGGCCCGGUGGAAAAAGGUGUUGCAAAAGAGGCUGAAAGCCAGGCAGCCAAAGAUGUCCAGAAGAUAAUAGGAGAUCAUUUUAAUGAUCAGGACCCUCGAGUUAGAACUGCAGCUAUAAAAGCCAUGCUUCAGCUUCAUGAAAGAGGAUUAAAGUUACAGCAAGCCAUUUAUAGUCAGGCCUGCAAGCUGUUGGCAGAUGAUUACGAGCAGGUGCGCAGUGCUGCAGUUCAGCUGAUUUGGGUCCUCAGUCAACUUUACCCUGAGAGCAUCGUCCCGAUUCCUUCUUCUAACGAAGAAAUUCGCUUGGUUGAUGAUGCCUUUGGAAAAAUUUGCCAUAUGGUUAGUGAUGGUUCCUGGGUUGUAAGAGUACAAGCUGCAAAGUUAUUGGGUUCUAUGCAACAAGUUAGCUCCCAUUUCUUGGAGCAGACCCUUGACAAGAAGCUCAUGUCAGAUCUGAGGAGGAAGCGCACUGCACAUGAGCGAGCCAAAGAGCUCUACAGCUCUGGGGAGUUUUCCAGUGGCAGAAAGUGGGGAGAUGAUGCUCCCAAAGAAGAAAUUGAUACUGGUGCUGUGAACUUGAUUGAAUCAGGAGCUUGUGGGGCUUUUGUUCAUGGCCUGGAAGAUGAGAUGUAUGAGGUUCGAAUCGCUGCGGUUGAAGCCCUGUGUAUGUUGGCUCAGUCCUCACCUUCUUUUGCGGAGAAGUGCCUGGAUUUUUUGGUUGACAUGUUUAAUGAUGAGAUUGAGGAGGUCAGAUUGCAGUCAAUACACACAAUGAGAAAAAUUUCCCACAAUAUCACUCUGCGGGAAGAUCAGCUGGAUACUGUGUUAGCUGUCUUGGAGGAUUCUUCAAGGGACAUUCGGGAAGCACUUCAUGAACUGUUGUGUUGCACCAAUGUUUCAACUAAAGAAGGCAUCCAUCUGGCACUGGUGGAGCUGCUGAAAAACCUGACCAAGUAUCCCACAGACAGAGAAUCCAUAUGGAAAUGCUUGAAGUUCCUGGGAAGCAGGCAUCCCACUUUGGUGCUUCCAUUAGUCCCAGAGCUGCUGAGCACACAUCCGUUCUUUGACACUCCGGAACCAGACAUGGAUGACCCAGCCUACAUUGCUGUUCUGGUUCUGAUUUUUAAUGCUGCUAAAAGUUGCCCAACAAUGCCUGCCCUGUUCUCUGACCAUACAUUCCGACAUUACGCCUAUCUUCGGGACAGUCUCUCUCAUCUGGUCCCUCCAUUAAGAUUGCCAGGUAGAAAGCUGGUGUCCUCUGCUGUUUCUCCCAGUAUUACCCCAAAUGAAGAUCCUUCCCAGCAGUUCCUGCAUCAGAGCCUGGAGAGGGUUUACAACUUUCAGCACCUCGACCCCCGGGGCAUACAGGAGCUGCUGGAAUUCACCAUCCGUGAUCUUCAGAGGCUUGGAGAGCUGCAGUCAGAACUGGCAGGGAUGGCAGAUUUCACUGCAACUUACCUUCAGUGUCAGCUGCUCCUCAUCAAGGCCUUGCAGGAAAAGUUGUGGAAUGUGGCAGCUCCCCUGUACCUGAAACAGAAUGCGUUGGCAUCUGCUGCAGCAAAACAGAUCCUGGAAGAAACUUACAAAAUGGAGUUCAUGUACAGCGGAGUGGAAAGUAGACAGGUGGUCAUUAUUCACCACAUGAGACUGCAAGCAAAGGCCUUGCAGCUGAUAGUGACUGCCCGCACCACCAGAGGAGUGGAACCUCUUUUUGGGAUGUGUGAAAAAUUCCUCCAAGAAGUGGAUUCCUUUCAGAGAUGUUUCAUCUCUGAGCUCCCACAUAUGCAAGGCAGUUUUGUGGAUAAAUUGCUGGACUUAAUGCCCAGACUUGUGACGUCCAAGCCUUCAGAAGUGGUCAAGAUUCUUCAGACAACACUGCGGCAAAGUACCUUCCUCCACCUUCCUCUUCCAGAGCAGCUCCAUAGAGCCACUGCCAAUAUCAUUGAGCCAACUGGUGAAUCUGAUAAUCCCCUGAGGUUUACAUCCGGAUUGGUUGUUGCACUGGAUGUAGAUGCAACUCUGGAACACGUGCAGGAUCCCCAGGGAAGUGUUAAAGUUCAGGUGUUGUAUCCAGAUGGACAAGCACAGCUAAUCCAUCCUAAACCAGCUGACUUCCGAAAUCCCGGCCCUGGGAGGCACAGGCUGAUAACUCAGGUCUACCUCUCGCACACAGCCUGGACAGAGCCAUGUCAGAUUGAAGUGCGAUUGCUUCUGGCUUACAAUUCCAACAGGAGCAAAGCAUCUACCAGAAUUCCUAAAUCUACCUGGAGUGAGAGCUUGGAGGCUCUCCCACCCUCUGAAAAUGGCAUAGAGGGGACCAUCCCCUUUAGCAAACCUGUCAAGGUGUAUAUUAUGCCCAAACCUGCCAGGCGGUGAAGGCUGGCACUGAAAAACCUUUUUAUGGGGUUGUUGGGUUACAUGAAAACAAGAUGCUGUGUCCAAGAGAGCAAACCAAGCCAAAACAGCCUUUACAUGCAUAAAGGGAGUCAGAUGUCAAAGUAAAGCUGCUGAAGAACAGUUGGUCUCUAAGCAGCAGGUAAAUACAGGAGUUACUCAGCUAGUUAGGAGUGGUUUCAAGAAAAAGCUUGUUUUUCUAUAUUGACUCAACAGAAACAGGACAGUUCUCAGUCAGCAUUCCAGUAGUAAUUUCACUGGGCUUCAGUUUUUACCUAUCAAAAGUCUUCCUCCACGGCCUCUAGGUUUUCUGCUAUGUAUUUACUAUGUAAAUGCUUGGGCACAUAAAUCAAUGUUAUUUUUACAAUACUCUGAAGUGAAGCUGAGGAGUUUAGCAUUUUGUGGGGGGUUGUUGGUUUGUUUCUGGGAUUUUUUGGGUUUGGUUGUUUUAGUUCUGGUGGGUUUCUCUUAAUGUCUAAAACUUGCAUUUGUGCACUGGUACCUAAUUUCCUAACAGAAAAAAAUAAUAUUCUAAAAAGUACUAUUGUUCUUCUGUGGGAACAGCACCUGGGAAGGAAAUUGCCAGUUGCUGUUCUACAUCCUCUACACCUGGUACUGAACCUGGUCCAGCUCUGGGGAGGGCACAGGUUGUUCAUGGUGCAGGGGCAGGACUUCAGCAGGAUGUGGAGUUUAACUGAGCUACAGCAGCAACAAAGCAGUUUGUCUCCUGUUGCACCUGUGUACUGCUUGAGGAGCAAUGUGAUUAAGUACCAGUUGGAAAAUUUCUAACCACGGAGUUUUACAGGACCUGUUUCUGUGUUAUGAUCAUGGCCUGAACCAGCCUUAGUGGGAUGUGAAAAUCUAUGAUUUCCAGUUCAGCAGCACUUUGGCACUCAGUCUUUCUUGUCAGGCAAAGCAGCCGAACACACUGUUCAGGAACAGCUGGGCAGCUUGUCAGUGUUCCCUUCUGGAGGUGAGCUGGGAGUACAGAGGGACAAGAAUUCAGUUAAAACAUGAUCCUUCCUGUUGGGAAGUGUGUCUGUGCAUUGCAUCUGUGUGCCAGGCUUAGUGGACUGAGCAACCUCUUAUGAUUUGUAGCAAAAAAGGAUUUGUACCAAAAUCCUUUGGUAGGAUUUUUUAGGAGGACCCAAUGUGUGAAACAUUCUAGUGCAGCAGCCAAAUGUUGCCUGUGUUCAUGAAUCAAUUUGGGUUUUUUUCUUUUUAAAAAGAAGUAUAUUUUUAGCAAGUGAACAAAACAGUGAAGAAAUACUUUUCAGUUGUAUUUAGUGUAAAUAACCCCUUACAUGCUUUCCUACAAUAAAAUUGGGAAACUCA